UGCAAGAAAUCUACUUGAAUCUAUAGUUAUAAAAUGGAGUUGGAUAGUAUUCUUGAUGUUCUUGACAAGAAAACCAUUUUGGUCACAGGUGCUACUGGUUUUCUGGCAAAAAUUUUUGUGGAGAAGAUACUUAGAAUUCAACCAAACGUGAAGAAGCUAUAUCUUCUUGUGAGAGCAACAGAUAGCAUGUCUGCCUUACGACGCUUCCAAACCGAGGCAGUAGAAAAGGAUUUGUUUAAAGUCAUGAAAGAGAAGUACCAUACAAACCUACAAAGCUUUCUCUCUGAAAAGGUAAUUCUAGUUCCGGGGGACAUAACAUGUGAGAACUUAGGAAUAAAAGACUCAUGCCUGAAAGAGGAUAUGUGGAGAGAUGUUGAAGUUGUUGUUAAUACAGCUGCAUCCACUAACUUUUUCGAAAGAUACGAUGUUGCCCUAGCUCUUAACACAUUUGGCGCUAAAUUUGUUUUGGACUUUGCUAAGAAAUGUAUCAACAUAAAGUUGUUGCUUCAUGUGUCCACAGCCUAUGUCUCUGGUGAGAAGCCAGGGAUAAUACUUGAAAGUACGUGCUACCUGGGAGAGACGAUUGACAUCGAACAUGAGAAAAGGAUCAUCGAAGAUAGACUAAAAGAGCUUGAAUAUCACAAUGCUAACCAAGAAGUAGUUAAAAUGGCCAUGAAAGAUUUGGGUAGACAAAGGGCGAAUCAUUAUGGAUGGCCAAAUACAUAUGUUUUUACCAAGGCAUUAGGGGAAAUGGUUCUUCAACAAUUUAAACGAGAUAUUCCGUUGGUUAUUUUCCGUCCAACAAUCAUCAGUAGUACCUACAAAGAGCCCUUCCCCGGGACCAUCGAUAGCUUUAUUGUUGGCUAUGGAAAAGGCAGGUUAAGGUUUGUCGCUUCAGAUCCUGAAUGCGUGUUUGAUGUGUUACCGGCUGACAUGGUGGUGAAUGCUAUGAUCGCUGCAAUCGUGGCUAAUGUAGAUCAAACUUUUUCUGUAACAAUUUAUCAUGUUGGAUCUUCGGUGUCAAACCCUUUGACAAACACCAUGAUACAAAAAUAUAUAUACAUGUAUUUUACUCAACAUCCAUGGACAAACAAGAAUGGGAAACCAGUCAUAGUUGGCAAGCUUAGAACAUUGAAAUCAAUGGCUAGCUUCCAAAGAUAUAUCACUCUUCGUUUCAUGCUUCCCCUACAGGUACUUAAAGUUGUGAAUGUAAUACUUUGCCAAGCGUUUGCUAGUACAUGCAACAAUAUUGAACGAAAGAUCAACUUUGUACUUUGGCUAGUGAAGCUUUACCAACCAUAUUUGUUCUCCAAAAGUUUGUACGAUGAUAUAAAUACCGAAAAGUUGCGUAACAUGGUUAGGGAGAGUAAACAAGAUGAUGUAUUCUUCAACUUCGACCCAAAAAUAAUUGAUUGGGAAGACUACUUCUUGCAUACACACAUUCCUGGAGUGGUAAGAUAUGAGUUCAAAUGAUCAAGAGCUCACAUAGACGGGUAUAGAUCAUGCAUUUCCAAUCUUUUCAGUUACACUAAUAAUUAUGGCUUGUAUCAAUAAACAUUGUAUCAAUUCGAUCAAGAUGAACAACUUAAAUUGAGUUGGUUGAUGAAUAAAAGUAUUCUCGCAUUCUAUAA